UUGGUGUCAAGAUGGUAUCAGAUGAUGUGGCAGAUCUCGCCGACUCAUUGGCCAAAACUCAAGUCGACGAGGGCGAGCUCAGUUAUAAAGGACAAGGCCUUAAACUGGACAACGCUCAGUCUGUGGAGGAGAUGGUGCAGGCGAUCGAGGAGUUUGACAGGCUGCAUGCGCUCAGACUGGAGGGGAACACCAUCGGCGUGGAGGCAGCGCAGACCAUCGCUAAAGCCCUGGAGAAGAAGAGCGACCUGCAGGUGCAUAU